UCUCCAAAGUCCAAACCUUCCGCUGACAUUUCCGUAAUCCCCAUCGCUCAGAAACGCAAGGGAGAGCAUCACAUUCCACCCAAACCCGAGCUCCUCCGGAAUCCGAGAUGGCCAGAAUCGAGAGCGGGUCUCCGCGGGAGGAGAGCGAGUCAUUUCUGAGAGGCGAGAGGUUGACCGGUCCUAGGCGGGAGGCGGCGGCAUGCGUGACCUGGCGGGUGACCGUCGAGGCGGCGCUGAAUCGCAUGAGUAAAUGGCUGGUGGCUGGUUCUUUUGUUUUUGCUGCUCUCUGGAAGCGUGAUGCUGAAAUUAUGUGGGCUAUGAUGGGUGCCGUUGUGAACACUAUGCUUUCGUCAAUUCUUAAAAAGUUGUUCAGCCAUGAAAGGCCAGCGCCGGCUUUGCGAUCUGAUCCUGGGAUGCCAUCAUCCCAUGCCCAAUCCAUUUUCUAUGCUGCAGUGUUUCUGGUUCUUUCAGUGUUCUAUUGGCUUGGGACAAAUUAUCUGGCUGUGAUUCUCGGGGCCACGACUAUAACAUCGGCCUCCUACCUAUCGUGGUUACGAGUGUCGCAUCGUCUCCACACUCUGAACCAGAUUCUAGUGGGUGCUAUUGUUGGAUCAGCCUUCGGUGCUCUGUGGUUUGCGCUUUGGCAUUUGCUUGUGCAUGAAGCGUUUGAUUCCUCACAAUGGGUCCAAGUUCCCAUCAUUCUAGGUUCAAUAGCGUUCGGUGUUGCCUGUGUUGUCCACAUCAUUCGUCGGUGACUCAUGGAUGACCCUAGGGAUGGUUAUGUAUUUUUCUAUCCUAUAGGGUUUUAUAUGCAAUGUC